AUGUACAUAGCAGCGAUAGCGUGUAUACUAGCAGACUACAUAAACAUAAACCAUAGCACAGCAAUGCCCGCCUCCCCUCCCUCCUCUCCCGCUGCAGGUCGAUGGAGCCUGGCAAGAGUUUUGCAGGAGUGUCGUCGACGUGGGAGCCCCGAGGCAAGGGGAGCUCAGGGUGCGAGCUCAAAGAGCCUAGAGCGUCUCUGCAGCAGCAUGAGCCCGUCCCUCGAGCACUGGGAAGCACAGCAGCUGAGCUACAACGGAGUUGCAUACGUGAAUGCUCAGCGUAUGACGCUGCUUUAUUCGUGCUGCAUCCUAAGGCCUGCAGGGGGAUGA